AUGGCCGCUCCCAAUUGCUGGCGCUGUUUGGCCCGGCCGUCCCAGCGCCUCCUGGCGCCCACGUCCACGUCCUCGUCCUUGGCCGUGCCCGUCACCACGGCGACUUUCAGCACCUCCGCUCGUCUCGCCAAGAAGGAAGGCGGCGGCCUGUCGAGCCAUGUUCGCACCGGAAAGAAGCUGGUGCUGGGCCGGAAGAAGAAGCAGGACCCCGGCAAGCCCGUCCUCCCCGGCGAGCGCAAGGCCUUCCGGAAGCGCAUACAACUGAGCAACGACAACGCCCUCGAGGUCCCUGGGCUUGCCCAGGUGACCGCUGCCACCCUCGUCGACCCUGCCGCCGCCGGCAAGAUCGUCGGCCUUCCUGACGCCCUGAUCGACCAGCUGAGGACCGUCGAGGCCUUCAAGCCCACCCAGAACUGGGGGCUGUUCAGAAGCCCGCACAUGCUCGUCCGCCAGGAGACGGUCGACCUCAUCAAGGACAUGACGGACAAGGUCCAGAAGAAGCAGACGGUGAGAACAGUAAUCACCGGCGAGAGGGGCAGCGGAAAGAGUAUUCUGGGACUGCAGGUGCUGUCCGCCGGCCUCCUGAACAAGUGGGUGGUUAUCAACAUCCCUGAAGCCCAGGAGCUUUCGACGGCGCAUACCGAUUACUCCCCAAUUCCCAAGUCGGAGAUGUUCUCCCACCCGACCUACAUCCUCAAGCUCAUGCAGGCCAUCUACAGUGCCAACAAGGACAUUCUCUCCAAGCUACAGGUCGGACUUGAGCACAUACAUCUUCCCUUCUCCGUACCGCGCAGCAUGUCGCUAGCCGCCCUCGCCAAUGCCACCAAGGAGCCCGACUUCGCAUGGCCCACCUUCCACGCCCUCUGGCAGGAGCUCCUCCUGCCCGGACGCCCGCCCAUCAUGUUCAACCUCGACGGUCUGAGCCACAUGAUGCGCGUCAGCGACUACCGCAACCCAGCGUUCGAGCUGAUCCACUGCCACGACCUGGCUCUGCUCAGGUUGUUUGCCGACGCUCUCGGCGGCAAGACCCAGUUCCCCAACGGUGCCGCUAUCACCGGUGUCAUGACCAAGGGUAACUGCCCCAAGCUACCCUCCGUGGACAUGGCCCUCGAACAGGCUGCUGCGGCCCAGGCGGGUACCGAGAUCCCGGCCCGCGACCCUUUCUACAGAAAGUACGACGACCGCGUGUUUGACGCCCUGAAGGGCGUCAGUGUGUUCAACGUCAAGGGCGUUUCGAAGCCCGAGGCACGCGCCCUGAUGGAGUACUGGGCAGCCAGCGGCGUCCUGCGGAUGAGGGUCGACGAGAAGAACGUCAGCGAAAAGUGGACGCUGGCUGGCAGCGGCGUGCUCGGCGAGAUGGAGAGGGCCAGCUUGUACGUUGUUAGACUGUAA